AUGCAUGAGUCAAAUGGUCUGGACAUAAUCAUUGCCCUCAUUGUCAAUGACAUCAAUCCCUUGGGCAAAACGCGAAUGGAUCUUGUGUUGGACCUGAAAAACUCUGCCUCGAAACUGCUUCUCGCCAUCAUGGAAAGUCGCGGGGACUCGGAAAACGCUGAUCGUAUUUUGGCCAACAUGAACCCGCGCCAAUUGUUGGACGUUGCUUGUCGUGCUUACCAUCAAGAAACGCUGGANACUCGUCACAUUUUCAAUACUUUUGUAAAAGUGGCAUUAAUUGCUUUCAUGAGCAGAUUUUUCAAGUUUGUCAAGAUUUCAACUGCCGUCUGGCUUUCCCGAGAAAUUGCCAAUUUCUUGAAUGCAUAA